UCAUCUGAACGCACCACACCCACCGAACGGAUCCCCGCAUGUCUGUACACGACUUUACUGGUUACUGAUGCAUCACACAGCCCCGUUACAACCCACGUGUCCGGUUUGCGGUUUUAAAUCUGGCGCUAAAUUAAGCAAUAAGCGACAAAGAGCUGUUUAUUUUCGGUUAUUUCAGUGAUUUACAGUCAGGCUUCUAACGCGCCACCUAAAGGGGUCUUUCCUCCCAUAACACGGUGACGACCCUGAACGUGGAACCUCACCGAGCAGAAAGUGGUUAAAAGUGGAACAAACUAUGAGUUAAUGGGAUUUUUAAUGACAUUUAAAGUAAGUGAAGCCGCUGCUGUGUAACUGUGGGAACAUGCUUCCUCCUGACGGGCUGUUUAACGCAUAAAAUGAGCUCUGGUUUUAGCCACAACAGAUACGGAGUAGCGGUGACUCAUCAAGACAUGGACACAGGAAUAGGCGUAGAUUACAGGACGGAUGCACCAGAGGCAUCUUGUACAGACAGAGGUUUGUCCAUUCUGUGGGAAAACUUACAAAAGGUUGAAGAGCCACCUGCCCCAUUGCAAAGUAGCAGCAAGCUCCAAAAAACCUCCAACCAAACAUGAUGUCGAAGCAAAUCAGACAACGUCAUCUCAUCAUCUGGCUGCAGUUUCAUCCAAAGUAACAGCAAGUGGAAAGAAAUCCAUGCAGAUGUCCACGGAGACAGUAGGUCUUCAAACAGAGAAGGGUGAAAAGGUGAAUGCAUCAUCAACACCAGCAAACACAUCAUCUUCUUCACAGCUAACAUCAUCACCCCUAAAUUCUACUUCACUUCCAACAUCAAGUAAGAAGAAGAAACAGAAGCUAUCUGAUCAAAUCAAGGCCGCCACCCUUUUCUCGCCAACAUCUCCAACGUUGUCUCCCAUCGUCUCUAAACCAAAAAAGCAGAGUCUCCGUGCUUUGAUAGAAGCUGCCAAGUCUGACCAGGUUAAAAAGAGAACACUGGAUGGAGAAGGCCUUCCGUCAGAUUCAACUCUGAGCUCCAGAACUAAAACUAAACCAGGCAAAGACUCAGUGAAAGAUGACGCCAGUCUUUCCCUGUUGUCUGCAGACCCCAAAGAUGCCUCUAAAAAGAAGAUGUCAAAGCCGAAGAAGGUCGCACAGUCUUCUUCCAUCACCACACACACCUCUGACUUUCUGGACUCUAGACUAAAUAAAAGUAUCACAAGGCCUAAUGCAAGAGACUUCUGGGUGGACAGUGAAGAGGAGAUUGAGGAUUCAUCUGCGAAUAAGUUGAAAUCAAAGAUUACCCUCCAGGAUGUUAAAUCCACACUGGGUCGAGGUACCAGCCCCCUUCAGUCCAGCAGACCGAGCGUCCUGAACCAGAUUGAAGCUACUGCAAACCAGAAGGAUGCUGUUAGAUGCUUGGUAAUUCCAGUAACUCAGUCAGACCAGCAGCUCAGCUCCACCUCACAACACAUGGAGCUAAAACCAGUUAAGAACAGAGCUUCAAAGUCUAAACAUCCAGCUUUAUUCGCUCUGCUCAACGCUCCCUCCCAGCCAGAACCAACCUCUCCAAAUACAGCUCCCCUCCUUUCUGCACAAACCUCACCUCCUCCACGCUCAGUCAGCCUGGGUGACGGGCUGAAGGUGGGCCAUCAUGUUACAGGACUCCUCACAGUUUCACCACCACUUAACCAGUUUUGCAGCCCUCUUCCUUUCCCUCAUGCACCACAAACUCUGCCUGUGAAGGUGGACGGAGUGGAGAAGUUGCAGCUCAAGGUCAGGAACCAGAACACAGCUCAACAUCCAACUGAAGGAGUUCUGGCCCAGCGGAGUCUUGGACAGGUGACCCUGAGGGACUUACCUGAGUGGAUGGCCUGCAAAACCCCCAGCCAUCCCAGAGAAGUGGUGGAAAUGGUCCAAAGAGGCUGGCGGUGGUAUUACAGGAGGUAUAUUGACGUGAAGAAAGGCAGCGUAGCUGGACUGGGCAUGUUGUUAGCAGGAUACUGUGUGAUCAGCUACAUCUGGAGUUACCCUCAUAUCAAGCUCGAUCGCUGGAGAAAGCAUCACUGAGGCCAAGAGAAGGUGUUUGAACUCUGAUGAGAGACCAUUCAGGACUCAUGGUUAACACAGAUGAUGAAUUUAUCUGAGAAACAGGCGCCAGUUUCUCGUCAGAAUCUGAGCUAUUCCCUUCAACACAUUCUGUAUCCUUUUUCUGAUAAAACAACGCAACAGAACAAUCGAUUUUUGGAAAUCAGCGUGCAGCUGGGCCAGCUAGUUAGCUUAGCUUAUAGAAAAGGCUGAAAACAGGGACAAGACUUGGCCUGGAUCUAAGUCAUGCUAAUCAACUUGGCUGGACUUUGUCAAGAUUCAACAAAAUUAAUGUUAAUUAGUGAAUUUUAGUGGUGCUGGUUGGAAGAUUUUGUCGCUUUUGGCAAGAACCAGGCCAGCUGUUUUCCUUGUUCCUUGUCUUUAUGCAAAGCCACAACCUCAUUAACAGACAGAUAUCAAAUUGGUAUCAACCUUCAUUGUCAUGAAGUCACAAAACAAAUCCUCAAAAUUCGAAUUUUUUUUUUACCUCUAAGUGAUAAAAUCAAUUUCAUACUCCAUUGUAAAGAGUAAAGUAAAAUGUAAUCUAUGUUCUUAUUUUCUGUCCAUUAUUUCUGACAUAGUGUGUUCCUACUCACAGAAUAUCUAAAACAGAAUGAAUGUCACAAAAAACUAAGUAGAUACUGCAAAUGAAAAUGGUCAGAUUAAGAGUGGGGUUGGUAGAUGGGUAAUAACGUUGAUGCUUCUUGUACUGUGUUGUCCUAUUCUUUCUGGGGCUCAGUGAAGUUGACAGACAUUUUUCGGGGACAGAGUCAAGACGUCUUCCAUCCACAGCAGUCUGAAAUGACUUCCUACAUGAUGUAUGGAGAAUUUGUGGAGAUUCAAGUGCCUGCCAAAACCCCGUUUUUGGCUUUCUCUUGUCAUAAAGCUGCAUUUUAAGGCGGCCAGUCGCUGGUCAAAGGAGUGUCUGUUAACUGAUCACGCUGUCUGAGCUUUGUCCUUUAAAGCCACACCUUUUCCAGGUGUGGAUUCAUUCAGUGUUUGACAGUUUGUCACCAGAUUAACCUCAAAAGCUUUGGGCACAGAACUGGCUAAAACUUAACCCUUUUCUAACCACAACAGUAAAAAAUGAGAUUUUCUAUAGUUUAUAUCAGAAAAAAGACCACUUGCAUGCUGCGUUUGUGUAGAGUGUAAACUGAAAAUGUGUGGGCUACGUAACUAUGUUUGUCCUAUUUGUCAUAUUAAUUAAGUUGUUUUGUGUCUUAUUUGUUUUGAAAGGCAGACUUUUUAUUGGGGUUUUUUGUGAGUAUAAUUUGUUUUAGUCUUUAUGUGGAACAGGCUCCACUAGGUGUCAUUGUUGGGUUGUGUUACUGAAACUGAAAUGGUUGCUGUCUAACGUCUGCUAUGCAGAGUUUUCUUAGCUCUUUUGUGCAGAGGCAUUGGUGCUGGGGUCCAUGAGAGGAUUAAAAAAAACCAACAGAUUUUAACUUGAUAAAAUGUUCCUCUGGCAGCCGUGAUGCAGAGGAACAUAAAAUCUAAACGUCCUCACAUCAGUAUCCAUGAAAAGAUUGUAUCUGUGUAGCAGAGGGUUACAAAUGUGUUUUUCUUUUGCAAAUGCUUCCUCAGUCACACGAUGUGAUUAUGCAUGCUUAGUCCAUCAGUGCCAGCAUGUGAACACUCUCUGAAUAGUAAUGGAGCCUCUCAGCCGGACUGGACCACUUUAUUGUAUUCAAAAUGAAUUUAUUGUCGACUCUCCUGGCUGCUGUAGUGAACACACAUUAAAUGAAGAAAUGACAGCAUUCUUGUAAUGAUUUCUCCUGACAUCGCUUCAUAGCAAACACAAUAAAAAAUAAUUUCCAUUUCCUUA